GAAUAUCACCGUGAUAUGGCAAGACAAAAUACAACGGUUGGCGAACGUAUUUCAGACUAUUUAGUUAAUUUGAACUAUGAUAUGCUUGGUUCACCAAAUUACAUGUUUGGUAUUUAUAAUGGAAGUAGCGCACCGAGUUCUACAUCAAAUAAAACAGUUCCCGGUAGUAUUAAACUGUCAGAAUUAUUUCGUGAUUGGUUUACUAACCAGUUAUUGCCAUGGAAUUAUACUGAUUUUAGUGGACGAUCAGACUAUGGGCCAUUUUUGGAAGCCGGUGUUGUUGCAUCAGGAUUGGGGGGCAUGGCUGAAACAGCAUAUGAUCCAUGCUAUCAUUUGGAUUGCGAUACAGUGCAAAACAUAAAUCAAUUUGCAUUACAAAGAAUGACACAGGCUGCUGCAUAUGUUCUGGAAUUUCUUGGACGAUUAGAUAAUCUUGAGGUUUGGCUGUAUCCUGACGGACGACCUGGAGGAAUGUGA